AAAUAAUCUCCUUAAUCUUGCAUGGCGCAAAUAGAAAUCGAGCCUUUCCAGGCGGAUGAUCCAGUGGCGUCGACGUCCUACAGUGAAGAUGAGAAUUGGGAGUGCUUCAUCCAUUGGAUCGAUCGAUCGGUAAAUCCCAGUCAGCUCGACGUGCAGUACCUGAAAAGCAAGCUGCCCAAUCUGUCGGUUCCGGUGGCCGAUUGCGAGACGCAGCGAUACAAUGCACACGAGAAGAUUGAGGUUAAAUUGUAUGACUUUCUGGACAGCUGGCAGAGCACGUCCGAGACCAGUAAACGCAGUCGAUACUACCUGAAAGACUGGCAUCUACGCAGUAUGGUACCGGAAUACGCUUUCUACGAAACGCCUCAUUUCUUCGCCUCGGACUGGCUGAACGAGUACUUGCUCGACCAGGGCUUGGAUGACUAUCGGUUUGUGUAUCUAGGAGCCAGUGGCACAUGGACCGCUUUUCAUGCCGACGUAUUUGGAUCGUUCAGCUGGUCGGUGAACAUCUGCGGCCAGAAGCUCUGGUACUUCCUGCCGCCAUCCGAAGAGCAGAAGCUGGCCGAUGGUUUGCGGAAUCUUCCCUUUCGCGUGACCGAGCAAAGCCUCCAGGAUGCAGGCGUUAAUUAUUACACCGUGCAGCAGCAACCAGGCGAAGCUGUAUUCGUCCCCACCGGCUGGUACCAUCAGGUAUUGAACGUAGAAGAUGCCGUUUCUGUAAAUCAUAACUGGAUCAAUGGCUGUAACGCGAAAAACUUGUGGAAAAACCUUCGCAGCGCACUCUGCGACGUUCGGCGUGAGAUUGACGAUUGCCGAGAUAUGGAAAACUUUGACGAACACUGUCAGCUAAUGUUAAAGGCUAGUUUUGGUAUGAAUUAUGCCGAUUUUUUUGACAUCAUCUACUACAUCGCUGACAAACGGUUGAGCUGGCUCAGUAGGGACGAUGGUGUCGAAAUGAAACAGUACCAUUACACAAUGGGUAGAAAUCACGCAGUGUUCGAUCUAGUAAGCGUAGCGAAUCUUUUGUCUGAGGCUGUGGAGUUAAAUCAUUUUGCAGCCUACCGAGAGAUGCAGAACACCGCUGUGUGCUACCUUGAGCAAAUAAAGCAAGCCAUCGCAUCGGUGUAG